AUGUCUGCUCAAAAUUAUCAGCAAGGCUACUCGGCCCAGCCUCAACAACAACAGGGCUACUCGGCCCCUCCACCACCAGCUUACGACCAGCAACAACAACCGCAAUCAACAUUGUCCUACAACGAACAUCAGCAGUUUGACUAUGACGACUCGUCAACUAACGCACUCAAACCUCCACCCAUCAAUUACGCCACCAAACCGCAAGAAAGUGGUGAGACGUUUAACGACCGCUUCAAGGUUGAAAAACCCAAGUGGAAUGAUAUUCCAUUUACUCUUUUUUUCUUACUAGUCGUUGCAGGAUUUAUUGCCAUUGCCGUCAUUACAUUACGUGCGUGGGCACAGACUUAUGGCUUCCAAGGGAAGGGCAUCUACAGCAAUAACAAUUCGUACUCGCUUGAUACCAAUGCUGCCAUUCUUUUUUGCUUUGUCACGGUUGUGGCCUUUGUAUUUGCAAUUGUUUUGAUUGCUCUGAUGCGGGCCUUUACUAAAUUCUUUAUUUACCUUGCCUUUAUUGUCUCAAUUAUUGUGGGUAUUGGAACAGCAAUCUUUUAUCUCGCCAUGCACUACUACUCAGCUGGAAUUGUUUUCCUUAUUUUCGGUGUCCUCCAAGUCUUCUUUUUCAUUGGCAUGCGCUCGCGUAUCCCCUUUGCCACACUAGUCUUUGGAACCAUAAUCGACGUGACGCGCUCGAACCCUUCUAUUUUUGGUAUGGCUCUUGCAGGAACUAUCGUCUCCACAGCGUUUUCCUUUCUUUUCUCCAUGGUAAUUGUUGCUACAUACAUGAAGUAUGAUCCCAAUGCAGACAAUCCAGGCUGCAAUGUCUCUGGCGGUUCGUGCUCCAAUGGGAAACUCAUUGGCGUUCUUGUCUUUGUUUCCUUUGCAGGCUUUUACAUUACAGAAGUUAUUAAAAAUGUCACUCACACAACUAUCUGUGGCAUUUACGGCACGUGGUACUACUGCUCUAAAUCAGAUCAGGGUAUGCCCCGGCGCCCAGCCCUCGGAUCUCUUCGCCGUGCACUCACUUACUCGUUUGGUUCCAUUUCUUUUGGUUCCCUUAUUGUUGCCAUUGUCAAUCUUAUUCGUUAUCUUUUGGACUUUGCACGCUCGGCUGCUCAGCAAGACAUGGGAAACGACAUUGUUCGUGCAAUUUUAAUGUGCCUGGUGUGCUUUGCCCAGUGUUUUAUGGGCAUCAUUGAGUGGAUGGUCACAUACUUUAACCAUUACGCGUAUACCUUUGUUGCACUUUAUGGCCGUGCUUACAUCCCAGCAGCUCGCGACACUUGGACCGUGAUUCGUGCGCGCGGAAUUGAUGCGCUCAUCAAUGACUGCUUAAUUGACCAUCUCUUGACUUUUACCCAGAUGCUCCUGGGCUAUCUUUGUGCCAUGAUGGGCUACUGCUUUUUGCGUUUCACCCGGCCACGCUACAACUCUUCCGGAGGGUACUUUGCAAUCAUUACAAUGUACUCGAUGUUCAUUGGUAUCCAGGUCGGUGCCACAGUUAUGGUGGCGGUCCGCGCAGGUACUGCGACCCUGUUUGUGGCCCUGGCAAAGGACCCCGAAGUAUUUCGGUUGUCGUACCCAGACACGUAUCACAAGAUGCUCGAGACGUAUCCCGCCGUGCGUGAAAAGCUCAACUUUCGGGAGUAA